UGAUGAUGCAUAAGCUCUGUCCACAUCGUUCCAGAUUCCGUCUAUAUUCGACGGCCCGUUCCGCUGUCACUAUCACUGCAACAGCAGCGAUGCUAUAGUCGCUACAGUUCUUGAUCUGAUGAGUGGCAAUGCACGUUUCCGCUAGUCUCUUUCAUGGCUCAUGGAGUAGCGUCACCUAAAUUCAUUCCAUACUCUUCUGAAAUCGCACAGUGACUAGAGAAAAGAUACCAACCGAUCUGCGCAAUAUACAUCAAUCUUCUGCACUAGCCUUGUCUACAGUAGUGAUAUCAGUUAGGGAAUAUCCCAUCAGCCACUGUAGAUUGUCCUCCAAAGACAUUAGGGUUAUCUUUUUCGAAUGAGUACAAUAAUAGAGAAACUCGGCAUUCUGCUCGAAUAACAUAGGCAUUAGUAACGAUUUAACAUGUAGAACACUCGGCUUUUACUAACUAGUGACUAGAUAAUUCCCGUUCACACUAUUCCCGACACCACCGCACUGAAAUCCGUGCCGAUUGCUAUAGAGAACAAAAACGAUGCGUAUGCAAAGCUCAUACCCUGCACGUGGGUGGCCCCCAACUGAAUACACAGAGCCCAUCGGCAUCAGCGUCAGCAUCAGCAUCGGCAACAGAAUCAAACGCAUGACCCACCACCUUUACGUUCCCACCGAUCAAAGACACGAGGAAAAUGACAAAAAUAUCAUUACAGUUUACACUUUCCAUUCUCAUCCACAUACGCCAACAGAAAUCGAUCUACAUGAGCUGCUCCACGCAAUCAAACUCGGACUCCGCACCCACGUGAGAAGUUCUUAA